AAAAUAAAGCCCUAAGAAAAGAGAUCAAAGCUCUAAGAAAGGAAAACGAAGCAGUAAGAGAAGUCAUUGCACAUUCAAUUAACAUAAAUAAUCAUAAUGUAGAUCAAUAUGAGAAUGAAAUAAGAAAACUUUGUCAAAUUAUCGAAGAAAUUGUCUUUUUAUUUCAAGAUAAUAAUAUUAUUG